AUGAACGCUAAAUUUCUUCUCUGUGUUUUGGCAGUCGUCUUGUGCUCUGUCGUACAAGAAGCUUCUGCUCAGUAUUAUGGAUACUCUUCCUAUUACCCAUCCUACUAUGGCGGAUACGGUCUCGGAGCUUACAAUGGUUAUUAUGGUGGAUAUGGAUAUGGAUCAGCCUAUGGUUACUACGGAAAGAGAGAAGCUGGAUUUGGACCGUCUCAGCAAACGAACUAA